GCAUCUGAUUCCGUUGAGGUUCUGUUUCCGUGACGAUCACACAAACACACUGUGUUCAGACAAAGCUGAAGAUUAAAUCGCCUCCUAUAAGUUUGUACAUUUGCAAAAAUGACAGAGAAGCUAACAGGACAUUCAGGUUCUAGUGAAGCAAAGGAAUAAAAUGAAGAAACGCUUGCAGGCUGAUAAAGACAGGUUGGUGUUGGAGCUUGAGGAAGUGAAGGAGAAGAUGGUGAAGGAGAAAAAGAGAUUCGAGCUCUAUUGGAGAGAGAACCAGGUCAGAGAAGCUCAGACAAGAGAAAAGAUGGAGGCUCUGCUGAAGGAAAGGGAUGAAAUGAGCAGAAGGUAUCAAGCUGAUAAAGAUAGCUUGAUUCUCCAGCUCGAUGAAGAGAGAAGGAACACGGAGAAGGAGAUAGAGCGGUUUGAAAAAAGGCAGGAGUUAACUGAAGGCAGCUGGAGGAAACACUGUGAGGUAUUGGAGCAUAUAAUUCUCGAAGAGAAAACAGAGCUGAAGAAAAUGACAAAAGAGGUGGAGGACCUGAAAGAAACUGUGGAAGAACUUAAGCAGAAAGCAAGGUAUAUGGAUCCCGAGAUGAAGGAGGGGCUCAAGGGAGUCGAGAAGAGGCUGAAAAACUUCGGUCCACGCUGGUUACAGAAGCUCCAGAUGAGGAAUAACAUCAAGAGAAGACAAUACUUGGAGAAAGAGAUAAAGAGACUUGAGCUCCAGCUGAGAAACAGUAAAGCCAGAGAAGCUCGGUCGACAGAAGUGAUCAAUGUUCUGGUGAAGGAAAGGGUUAAAAUGAAGAGACAGUUGGAGCUUGGACUGAUAAUCUUUCAGACUUCUUUGUACACAAGGCCAGAGGGACAAGAGCUGAUGGAGAGCAAGCAGAAGGAAUUUAAUUCCACAAAAGUUAUCAAUGCUUUGGUGAAGGAAAGGGAGGAAAUGAAGAAAGAGCUUCAUAAGGAAAAAGAGAGGAUGGUGCUGGAGCUUGAUAAAGUAAGGAAGAAUAUGGAGAAGGAGAAAGGUCAAGAGACAUUUGAGCUCCUGAAGAGAGAGAGAGGCCAUGGAAGAGUUUCUGGUGGAAAAAUGAUUGAACUGAGGAGAAUGUUUCAGGCUGAAAUGGAGAGGGUGGAGAAGAAGAUUUCAGAGAUGGCUAACUUACAGGAGAUGACAGAAGAGCCGGAGGCCUCCGAACCGAACAAGGAAGCAGGUGAGAAGGAGGGACAUGAGACAGAUGAUAAGAAGCUGAAGCACGUUUCCAUACCAUGCUCAAAGAAGCACAGGAAGAAGAAGAAGCAGAAGAAGGCCACCAAAGUGAGCCAGCAGAUGGAGAAAGAGCAAGAGAGUGAGAGCGAGGCCAAAGAAGAUCAAAUGAGACGAGAGGCUCUGGUGGAUUGAAGAAGAGAUUUGACACUGGUGACAGUGGAGAUCUGAGAAAAUGAGGUAGACAAAGAAAAAAUUGAAUCUGUGAAACAGCAGUAGAUUUACUCUGAGGCUCGAGUUUAGAGUUCACUAGCAGUUCAUAUAACCGUAGUGGUUAGCAGCUCCAGGUCUUCGUCCAAAUAUCUUCUGAUUGUGAAGGUUGAAAUGCUAGCACUGCUUCUGUAAGGACACGUGAUCCUGCCACUGUUGGGCCCUUGAACAAGGCCCUUAACAAUCUCUGUACCAGGGUGCUCAUAGCUGCCCCUGCGCUCUGACCCCAACCUCCUCAGUUAGGAUAUGUGAAGAAAAGACUUCCAACUGUGCUGUAAUGUAGAUGUGGUGAUAAUAAAGGCUUUCAUGUCA